UUCAGAGAAGGACCCCCUUCGCCGACAUGCAUUCCCGCAGCCCUUUCUACGGGCGCAGCGCGAUGCGGAGCGAGCACAGCGGCGAUGACGACCGGUCGGCCCAGCUGCGCUCCUGGGCGACCUCGCCGUCCGUCACCUUCUCGCUCCUCCUCAGCCGCUUCGACGAGCGCUUCCCGAGGGGCCCCGGCACCGAAGGCCAGGACGCCAGCGCCGCUUUCGACCAGGAGGAGGAGGAGGAGUUCGCCGUCGAGGAAGAGGAGUCCACCGAGUCCGAACCGGAGCCCGAGCCCAUGGAGGAGGAAUUUGAUGGCGUGCUGACUGAAGAAAUGAUUGCUGAAGUCCUGCAAAAAUUGGGGCGUUCAGCCCCGGGCACAGAGCAUGUCUACCUCGAUCUGUCACUUUCGGACCACAAAUUAAGUGACAUUAGCAUUCUCUGCAGAUAUGUCCACCUUGAGAAGCUAGAUCUUUCUCACAAUAAAAUUGAUGAUAUUUCAUGUGUGAGUUACAUGCCUUACUUGUUGGACCUGAACGUUUCCCAUAAUGAACUAACCACAUACUUUGACUUCAAACCACCCAAGAAUCUUCAAGUAGCAGAUUUUUCGCACAACAAGAUCCAAGCGAUGCAAGAUCUUUCUGCCUACCUGUCACUUAAGAAGCUCAUACUUGACGAUAACGAAAUUGAGGAGAUCCAAGGCCUUGAGAAUUGCCAAUGCCUGACCUACCUGAGCCUGGCAGACAACAAGAUCACAGACAUCAAUGGCCUGAAAAACCUGCCCAUCAAAACACUCUGUCUGAAAUCAAACCAGAUAGCGAAGGCUGUUGGCUUGGAAGAGCUAAAAGUUCUGCAGAAGCUGGACUUGUCUGACAAUCAGAUCAGCAGUUUGGAAGGUCUGGAAGAGCACAACCUGCUUGAGGAAAUCAACCUACAAGAUAACCAGGUGGCUGAGCUGGGUGAACUGGAAUAUUUUGAAUCCCUGCCUCUCCUCAGAGUGCUUAAUUUGAUAAACAACCCUGUGCAGCAACACAAGGAUUAUCGGCUCCUGGUCAUUUUCAUGCUGCUUCGACUCACAGAGCUGGAUCAUAAGAAAAUCUCUGUGCAAGAAAAGGUUGCUGCUGUAAACAAGUACGACCCUCCUCCCGAAGUGGUGGCUGCCCAGGAUCACAUGACCCAGAUCAUGUAUAGCAUGAUACAGCCGCAGCGGAUUUUUGACAGCACCUUACCCAGCCUCGAUGCUCCCUACCCCAUGCUGGUGUUGACCGGACCCCUGGCCUGCUGGAAGCGAGAACUUUGCCAUAGGCUCUGCAGAAAAUUCAACAACUAUUUCAGAUACAGUCCCUGCCACACCACGAGGGCUGCUUAUUUUGGAGAGGAAAACAGAUUAGAUUACUAUUUUGUUUCCCAGGAGGAGUUUGACAAAAUGGUGACUACGGGGAAAUUCAUUGCAACUUUUAAGUACAGCGGCUUCUACUACGGAAUGGGCCGGGACACGAUUGAGUCCAUCGCUAGGGAGGGACUUGCAACCUGCAUUCAUAUGGAAAUAGAGGGUGUUAGAAGCUUGAAGAAUUCCUACUUUCAACCUCGGUACAUCCUACUGAUCCCAGUGAACAAAGAGAAAUACAGGGGUCAGCUGCGAAGGAUGGGGCUGUUCAGUAGGGCAGAGAUCGAGGAAGCAGUCCGCAGGGUGGACCUGUACAUCACACUCAACCAGGACUUCCCAGGGUUCUUUGACGCGGUCGUCAACGUAGACGAUUUUGACGAAGCAUUCACCAAGCUGAGCAAACUCAUCGAGGAGUUCCUGGGGAUAAAGCAGCCGUCAGAAACUGAGGUCAGAGUUUCUGCAUCGUACACCAACCUCCUUUCAGCUCCAAACGGGAUGCUCACAGUGCCUCCAAAAACAGCCUCCAUCAAAGGAACCGAUGGGGUAGCGCCAUCACCCACCCCCAGUGAGUUUUUGGACUCAUCAUCCAAAAAUUAUUCUGCCAUCAUAUCGGCCAGACUUUCAGCACAGAAAACACCAGUGGAGGAGGCUUCUCUUCAGAGGCGGCAGCGCACGGCCAGGCAGGGGCUGACAGGGAGGGCUGUGAGUUCCUAUAGCCAGCUGUUUCAGAGCUAUUUUGACGGCACUUCCCCAGCAGUUGGCAUCUCACACGCUCGGUUUUUGGAACCCCCAUCUGAGGUUUCCACAUUGUCAAUCGGAAAAGACACCAGCCCAGAUCGUGGUGUCCCACCCGCUAGCCCAGACCGAAGCCCUAAAGAGGCACAGGGCACACCGAGACAUUCGCUCAGCCUUUCGCCGAGAACACUCUCAUCUAAAAGCACGGCUUCUCAGCUGCCGCCCCCUGCCCCGGUACCAUCAGCCGAGGAGAAGGAUGAGGCGACCCUUUCUCCCGAGCCCAAAGAGAAGAAAGCGCCCAAGCCCAAGCCUCCUUCUCCCGCCGUCCACCCACUCAUGGACCGGCCAGGUUCCAACACCAAGCCAGUACUCCCUCCCAUUCCGACCGGGAGGAAAAGAAACAAACCGGCGGAAGGGCAACCCUCUUCUCUGUUUUCUAACCCAAAGCCUUCGUCGUAG